AUGGCUACUGAAGGAGCCCCCGUGCACACCAAGAUAGCUCCAGAUCAGGACACUGCCCAGCUAAUUAGAGAACACUCGCAUGCAUUCCAGAACAGAUUAAACACAACUCAAACGGAUAGCCCGGCUCUUACCGAGACAGCAAAGCCCGAUAUAGACAAUGACCUAAAGGCCGAGUCAGGGCUUGAAACACCCAAGCCCGCAGAAACCAAGCCUGCUCCAGAUACUAAGCCGCCUGUGGCAGAGCCCACAGGAUCUCCUAUCGGCAGUAUUACCGUUGCACGCGAGUCGCAAGUUUCAGUAGGACCCAUGAAUGAAACAGUGGCAGGCGAGAAGCGUGGCAUUGAUUCAACUGUGACGCCCACUCCGGCCCCGGCUCAGGACGAGGUGCAACAAAAGCCCGAACUGUCGGAUGAGCCUGAUACCAAGAAGCUGAAGGCAGGCGAAAAGCCUGCCAAAGAGUCCAAUGGCACCGAUGCUGCUCCCUCCAACACAGAAAACGCAGGGCCGAAUAAGACUAGUCGGUCCAAGAAGGAUAAGAUCAAGGAUGCCGUGAACAAGGUUAUCCCAGGAGAUGGCAUUGGUAGCCGGACGCGCAGCCGAACCAAGGGUGCUUGA